GUAGUUCUGCUAACAAAGAAGAAAACCCAUACUUGCAAGAUGAUGCAUCUAUCACAGAUGGUGUGAGCUUACAAGAAAAUAAUUUAACACAAGAUGAACAAAAGAGACCUUUGUCACCUUCAAUGGAAAUAGAUAAUGAUAAAAGAAACUCUACACCAAGUAAAGAUAAGGAUCUCUCACCUGACCCAAUAUCAACACCAUGCGAUGAACUGGCUGCACUGUAUCUUAAUGCAGAACCACAGGUAGAAAACAAAAGCACAGAAGAAACAUCACCAAUAAUGGAAGUUGACAAUGAGAAGACCCCUAUGCCAUCUC